GAGCCACCAGAUGGAGCUAACGUCAGCACAGUCUUCUUCAUAAUUGUAGGCAUUUAUUUAGCAAAUUCUCCAACAUAAAAUGUUUGUGUAUGUCUUAAAUUACUUUGUCAACAAAUUUCUACUGUUCGAUAUGACAGUGCAUUGUGAAUUUAUUCUAUCCCUUAUUUCAGAUAAACCAAAUAUCCAUUUCCAGCACAAGCAGGGGAAGUUAUUACAUGGCCCAGCAAUUGAGUUCUUUGGCUCUCCUUUCAUGUAUGAAAAAUCCCUGUACAUGGAAUGUGCCCAAGGAUCCAGUUAUCGACAAUCUAAAGAGACUGUUGAGCAACUGCCUGAUCACCCAAACUGUAGGAAAAAAAAAUUUCUGAUUCACAGUUCAAAGAAAAUUGGUUGUCAAGCGAGGAUGACACUAAAAUGUGUAAGGGUGUAUCCAGAUUUUACCUCGCCAGACUCGAAGAGAAAAAAAUGUGCCGUGGUGAAGAAAUUGAAGGAUGCUCUAAGAGAAAAAGUACCCAUUACAAGCUACCUUCGAUACUAUGUUAAAAUCAGCACAGAUGAGAGCCACAACCACACACCAACAGCUGCUCAUCUGUGCCAGCAGAUCCAUCCAGACCUUGUAGCAGAAAUUAAGAGACUUGUGGACCAAGGUGUUACAGCCACAAGGGAUGUGAAAUUAUUACUUGAACAGUAUGUGCGAAGUAAAUUUUCCGGUGACAAAACAUCCAACAGGCUCAGCAAAGCCUUUUACCCAGAACAGUCAGUAAUUUAUGCACAUGUUUACAGGGAAAUAUUUUCAACGAAGGGAGACCAAAUGGACCAAGAGGUACUGCAGCGUACCAUUAAUGAAUGGAAACUUGAAAAUAGUGAGGACUGUUUUUUUUACAGACCGUAUGAAGAAGUUUCUGAUUGUGAAGUUUCACCCUUACUGUUUUGUCACCAAACAAAGUGGCAACAGAAGUUGCUGUUGCGAUAUGGUAGUAUGUGUUUAUUAGACGCCACUUACAAGACUACAAAAUACGCUUUGCCACUUUUUUUUUUAGCUGUGAAGACCAAUGUUGGCUACAGUGUUGUUGGUACUUUUGUAGUUCAAUCUGAAAGCACUGCAUUAAUUGCAGAAGCUUUGAAUGUAUUCAAGGAAUGGCUUCCUGAAUGGCAACCACAAUUCUGGAUGACAGACUUCAGUGAGAUGGAAAUAGUUGCAAUUGAAAAGACCUUUCCUGGAAACACAGUUUACUUAUGUGCAUUUCACAGAGAGCAAGCAUGGUUAAGGUGGGUCAAGAAGAGUGGUAAUGUAACAUCUGGUGAUUCAGAAGAGAUUUUAAGUAUGUGGCGUGCUAUUGCAUCUUCAAGAGACACGCACGAGUUUGACCUUAAUCUAGAAGUAAUGAGCAGUAAUGACAUCAUGCAACAAAACCCUAAAGCAGCUGACUAUUUGGCUACCCAUUGGCUACCUCAUAAACACAGGUGGGUACAGGCCUUCAGUGAAAAAGAUUUUGUCACCAUUAUUCACACCAAUAAUGGAAUUGAAAGUCAGAAUAAAGUGUUAAAGCAUUCAUAUCUUUGUCACAAUUCUGAUAAAUCCCUCACAGGAAUGCUCAAGACAGUUAUUAACAGCUACUUACCAGAUAUGUACCGAAAAUACUGCUAUAAGAAUUCUACUGUUAAGAUGUUUAAUCCAGAGAUACCCUCAUAUUUGAUAAACCGACCACAGAACUUUAUAAAACAUGUGCUCACCAGAAUAAGUGCUGCUCGAUCUGAUAUUUGCAAGGAAUACAUUACAGAAAUUUCUAAAGGAAUUUUUAGAGUUCAGAGUUCAACAGAUAAAAAUAAAUUUUACUGUGUUAAUUUUGAUAGUGCUACUUGUAGUUGCACAGACUUCAUGAAUUUCAGAUUUCCUUGCAAACAUAUGUGUGCAAUAUUUGAAUUCUUUCCCAACUGGAGUUUUCUUCAGCUGAACUCUGCAUAUACUAAAAGUCCAUAUAUCACACUAGAUUCAAAUAAUAGUUAUUGUACUACAACAGAUAUCAGAAAUCCUUUCUCCACAGGAACUGCAAAUUCUGAAAACAUUUCGACAGGAGAAACUGUAGUAAAUUGUACAUCCACACCGACAGAAGAAGCCAGUGAAGUUAGCUCUAGCAUAUCAUCAUAUCAGCGUGAAUUCAGAAAUUUCAACAAAAUGUUGAUUGAAUCAUCUUAUGUAUGCAAAGACAAAACAUUUUUUUCUGAAAACAUUGAAGUUCUGCGAAAAAUGCAUACAGAAAUGGAGGGCAAAAUAAAAAAAAUAUCUGGGUUACCACUUAUACAGUUAAGUCCUUUGGCAAGCAUUGCUUCUAAAAAAAUAAAAGAAAAAUAUAAGAUGUUGCCCUUGCGCAAAAAGCGAAGGACCAGGGUGAGAACUGGAGUGACAGUUCAAAUUAACCUUUCAUAAGCAAAACAUUUUUUGGCUUUCAAAAAACCUGAGAGAAAUCAAUGAAAUUUUAAAACCAAACUGUAAAUACUUUCUCUAAACAUACGGGAAUUGUGAUGUGACAUUGAAGAAACCAAGCAACUAAACUUAUGAAAAUCUUCCACACAUGCCACCUAUGUACUAUUGAUUUUUAUGUUAUUUCAUUCCUUUAAUGCUAAAAUUUUCACCAUACUUCUAGCCAAUCCUGCUUUUAAGUGAGAGUAAACAUUAACAGACACACUAUUAACAAGUUGCCUGUGUCACCAAUUCUUGUGUAGUAAACUGCAUGUCACCCUCAGCACGUGCAUACCUAUAAAUGUUGAUCAAGCAGAAGUUUUUUCCAAUUUAUUUUAUUUUACACAACAUUAUUUUCACCAUGUCAGAAGGCUUAGUGGAAGACUGCUUAAAACUUAAUAUAAAAACAAUGUAUGUACCUAUUCAAGAUGAUAUUUGAACCAGAAACCACAUAGGAUCCUGAUUAUACCACUGGGACUAGGUUCAGUUAGUCAGUGAAGAGAAUAAUUGUGUGACUGACUAUAUAAACAUUUUUUUUUUAAUUUGUGUUUUGAGGUUUAGUACAUACUAUUGUUUAUGUAUUGCAUUUUUUUUGUGAGGAACAAAAGGAACAUUGGCAACUAGCAGAAAUAAGGUCCUUUCAAAACAACUUUAAAUAUUCAUAUUUACCAUGUGAUAUCAAAUUUGUCUUGAAUAGUUUUAUACUCGUGUUUUGAGAUUUUGUACAUACUGUUGUCUAUGUACUGCCAAGUUUAUUUUGCUUGGUAUAGUACAAAAAGAAAUAUUUGCAAAUAUCAGAAAUAAGGUACAGGUGGCCAUCACUUCUGAGAGUUUAUGUUCGUACAACAUAUGCUCUAGGUUACAUUUCAAGAUUACAACCACCAAGUAGGAAUCUCUAUGAUGAGCACCUAUAAGGAGGCAGGCAAGCAGGCACCACGCCAAGCAUCGGAGGACGCAGUGUCGCUGCUUAUGAGAAGUAUGACCUUUGUGCCAUCGACCAGCUGGUACAUUACUUAGGACCGUGUUAUUUUCUGUUAUAACAAGUCAGUCUAGUUGUUUCAGUCAGUCGCCCACUCUCUAUCUUCAGUCUUAGUGAGUUGCUUUAUGUAGGCACAAACAUGUCUUCAGCAUUGCUACGCCUUUGUGUUGUAAAUAUCUUCCAGGAAUUGUAGUUUAGGAUUAUGUUAUACGAAACAGUCAGUAACCUGUCUUACUGGAACAUUCUAUGGGUUGCACGGUGUAUACCUAAUAUCUAACUUCAGUCUUAGCUAGUUACGUAUACGUAAGAGUGGACGUGUCAGCAUCAGGGUCAUGCACCAGUAUUGUAUAUAGUUUUCACGUACUGCAGCUGGAGGGAUACGCCACCAUGGCCAGUCCAUAGUUUGCCUUACUAGACCACUCUGCGGGUUAUACGGUGGGUGCGUAGGGAUGUGUUUAGGCCUAACAUUCCGGCUUCGAGCGCCUAUCUUGUACAUAUUGUCAACGUGUGUUUCGUCACUAGUCUCCUCUGUUACCCGACUAUAGUUUAAUUGCCGCGAUAUGUCCUUGUGAGUUUACACCUUAUGAGUUAUGGACUUUACAUCGCUACGUCUGGACAGAUUAGGGUCAACGUGACGUGCGUGGAGCUGGGCUUCACUCAAAUGGUUUGUCACAGGGGAAAGGCCCCACAGCCUCAUGCACAGGGAUUGCGAAGAACAUUAAAACGGCACUUGCUUUUUCAUUUAAACCUGUGGUAAGCUAGAUCCCUCUGCCUGAAGGCCCCAACCACUCUACUGAGCAGCUGGAGAAUUCACAAUUACUACGGGAGCAGCGCUCCGGUCAACAACUUUAUGAAUUCCAUUCUAAAUGUGUUGAAUAGGUAUUUCUGUUACUUAUCCAAAGUCCUUGAUAUUUGUAAUUGCAUUCAUACAGACACAUUAUUUAUAACAAGAAUAUUUGCCAAACUGUAAAAAUGUAUAAUUACUUACUCUAGAACUAAUUAAGUAAUUUGAUUUAUAAAUUUAAUACCUAAAAAAAAAUUAAUUGUAGUACAUAAUAUUACACAAAGUUGAGAUAAAGUAUGUAUUAUGGUAGAUUGAUUUGUUACAAGCAUUCCAGAAAAUUGUUAUUCAAUUUCUCUACACAAAUAUUGUUUAGUUUAUAAGUGUUUCACUAUAAUACAUAUUUCUCUUUGUAUCUAUAGCAUGUUAUAUUAGUGUGUUACCAGAAUAGAAAAGAUAACUUUGCAAACAAACUAGAUAACAACAUUUUUAACAUUUGAAGUAAAUAGAUUUGGUUCCCUACAAUAAAAGUCAUUGUACAUAUAGGUAGAUACUGAUGUUUUCGUAAUAAAAUAGUGUGAUUUUAGACUAUGUAGAUGCAUAGGAGUGUCACCUGGUGGUAGAAUCUAAAGAGAAAAUAUUACUGUCUAAGGUUUGUUUUGGUAAUGCUCAGUUUAGAAAUAAUACAUUAAUUUAUAAGAAAGUUAAGCCUAAAUUUCCAAUCAAAAAGAUUAUAUUUAUUUAUGAAAUUUGACUUUGAGUAAUAAACAUUUAGAAAAUGUCAAGGUCAACAGUCAUCUCUUUCUUUUGUAUUAUUAGAUCUGCAACAGCCCCACCUAAGAAAAACCCUAUCCAUGUACUGUAUAUUGGUUUAAUCUAUAUUUAGACAUUGGGUGAAUGUAUCCCUAAAUCAACAUUUUUUUCUUCCAACCUAUACCAUAUAUGUAAAAGGUUAUGUGCUUCAUUAAAAUGUGUGUACAGUUUUUAAUGAAAUAAUUUAUGUCCUGUAACAUGAACAGUACUAUGAAAUUGAGUAUGUAAACAAUAAUUUUUAAGGGCAUUUAAUCUUAAAAAUUUUUUCUUGUGCUAAUAGCUGCACAUGUGUUUUAAAGAUACCUAUCAAGUUAAACUGUGAAAUCAUUUAUUAUGAAUGUUCAGCAAAAAAUCUUUACACUUUUCUUUCUGUACAAUUGACAGCAUUAUUUAUCCAUCUGAAACACCCACAUUUGAGAAGUAAAAGGUUAUUAAUUUUUUUUUUCUCAUAAAAUAAUUUUUAUUUUAACAUUCUUAAUAACUAUCAUAACAAAGAAAUAACAUUUUAAGUGUAAUCAAACAAACGCACAGUUAUAACGAGGAUCAAUUCAUUAAUUCUUCAUUUGCAUCGGGCGUCCAAGGUUUAAUAUAUAAGCAACAUGUCUCCACAUGCCUGCAACAAACAGAAACAAUUUUCAAGUGGGCCCACUGUGGAUGCAGUGAAUAAACCAUAUAAAAAAAAGUGCUCAACAGAUACAGUAUGGUGAACAAAUAUUUAUGGCAACAUAAUACACAACAGAUCAAUACUAUAUUUCAUACCGUAAAUAUAUGUAUGGUUUGAUUGGUAUCUUAUUUAUUAAGUGUGCUUUUUUUUUAUUUAUUCACACAUUUCACUUCUUUUUCCAAACAAAUUUUUGCAAACAUUCAGUUAUGCAAAAAUUAUGAAAUAAUUAAAAAAAAAAUUACAAAAACAAUAAUGUAUGUUCAUUUAAAGUGACAUGUGUUACCAUAGUAGGCUUAUUUAUCUCCGUAGGACCGGAGGUCACACCUAUCCCCCUGCAGUGCAGAAAUGAAUAUUUGAAUUUUUUCUAGUGAAAUUUAUAUUCUGAGAUUUUAAGCAAAACAUUUAGGAUGAAAGUACAAGGGAAGCAAGGCGUAAAUGUUUUGAUCAGAAUAAAAUUUAAGGGAAAGAUCUCACUUAAGUUGAGAUACAAAGAGAAACAUUGUUAAUAAUAUUGAUAACAAUGAACUACUGUUUAUUGUAAAAAUUAUUGCAAAUGAUGGACAGCGUUUGUAACAAUCCAGAACACUAACUAGAUGACAUCAGUCUAAUUGCACAUAUACGUACACUUUAAGAAUUUUUGCUGGGCAUUUAUAAUAUAGUUAUGUUCCAAAAAAAAUGUUUCCUUCAUUGAUUUUUAAGUUAAAUAAAGUGUCUUGAAGCUUCUAAUGAUUCCAAGUGGU